AUGUCAAAGUAUAUGGCAAAGGGCGCUGUACGCUCAAUAAAAAACUAUACAAAGGGUUACUCCGAAAUCCAGGCCAAAGUAAGAGAAGCUACUUCAAACGAUCCAUGGGGACCAAGCGGGACUCUAAUGGAUGAGAUUGGUCAAGCAACUUAUAACCACCAAAACUUUUUAGAAAUUAUGGAGAUUCUUGACAAGAGGCUAAAUGACCAUGGAAAGAAUUGGAGACACGUUUUUAAGGCAUUGAUUGUGUUAGAUUAUUGUCUUCAUAUCGGGUCUGAGGAAGUCGUAAAAUAUGCAAAGAAGAAUGUUUACAUAGUUAAGACACUCAAAGAAUUCCAGUUUAUAGAUGAGUAUGGCAAAGAUCAAGGCGUCAAUGUACGUCAAAGAGCAAAGGAGAUUGCUAAUCUACUGGAAGAUGAUGAAAGAUUGAAAUCGGAGAGACAGAAUAGAGCUAAUAUGAGAGAUCGUAUUCAAGGUAGCCGAUAUGAUCCCAUGAGUGAAACAGCGGAUAGGAGUGUACCAAGUGACCAAGACAACGGUCCGUAUAUUGAUGAAGACACCGAAUUGCAGAAGGCAAUUGAAGAGAGCAAAAGAAUGGAAAGAGAAAAGAAGUUAAAAGAAAAUCAGGAAGACGAGGAAAAUCUACAAAAGGCUCUACGUUUGAGUAAAGAAGAGGCCGAGGCUGAACAACCGCAGUUGCAGCAGAGCCAACAACAAACCGGAUAUUCAUCUGCUACUUUCCCAUCUAACGCACAGAAAUCCACAUCAUCAUUUUUGGACUCAUUUACCAGCACACCGCAGUCAACUUUGGACAGCAGAUUACAGGCUCAACUUACUGGUGAUAAACGACUGCCUCGAAUGACAAUGGCGCAGAAGAAAAUAAACGAAGAAAAUUCGGUGGAAGGGCAAGAUACGUUCGGAAACCUUGGAAAUCUUCGUGUCCCAGUUGGAUCAGGAUUUGCCAAUAGUGGCAAUUUACUCGCUACUUCUGGACGAUCUAAUUCAACAGGUACCAUUGGAAACCCAUUUGCCAAAACUGGUAGCUUGAGUCCACAAUCAACUGGUACAUUUAGCUCACCGCAAUUGGGUGGCGGUAUAAGUACCCAACAAACUGGUACAAGUGAUUUGCUAAGUCUUACGAGUGGGAGCGCAUAUUCAUCAAUUACUCAGAGUAACCGAAAUCCAUUUCAGAGUCAGGGCUUUGGCACGAUGGGUCAACCACAACAGAGUGUCACAGGGUCUUUCAGUGGCGGUCUGGGCUUACAACCAUCACCGUACAGCAGUAAUAACAACAGUGGAUUGUUCUAG